AUGGAUAAUAAUUAUAAAAGCAUCUAUAACAAUAGCCAUUAUAAAAAUAAUGAUGAUAAUGAUGAUAAUGAUAAUAAUUGUAAUAAUAAUUGUAAUAUAAAUAAUUCUAAUAUAAAUACUCCCAUAACAUAUCAGGAAUAUUGUAAUACUCAUUUUCAAAUAAAUAAUCAUAAUAUAAGAAAAUACUCAAAUUUUAAUAUUUUUGAUGAUGAUGAUUUUGACAACCCCUUUAAAAAAACAAAAUUCUUACCUCCACCAUUUAAAAAUUAUCAGCCAGCUUUAUCAAUUCAAAAUAGAAAAAUCAUUGAAAUGGAAAUAGAAAAAAUAGAGAACCAAAUAGAAGAAGCUAGAAAAAGACUAGUGAUUCUACGACAACUAAUUGUUCCCCCAACUUCUCCACCAGAUAUCACACUUUCUCAAACGCAACCAAAAACUAAUAACCAUUUAUCAGAUGAAAAUGUAUUUCAAACCACAAAUAAUUCAAAAAAAAAUAAUUCUCCUCAAAAUUCUCCUCCAAUAAACUUUGAUUCUUUUAAUACACUAACAAAAACACCACCACUAAAUUCAAACCAUUCAAACAAUAAUAAUGUAAAUAUUGACGACUUUAAUAAAUUAACACCAAGAGAAAAACUAAUAAAAUCACUAUUGGAAAGAAGAAGAGCAAUAACAUCACUGUCAUCAUCAGAAAUUAAAACAAUAAAUCCAAAAAUUCCAGAAAGGUUUAAUGAAAAAUUUUUUAGAUUAUUAUUUGAUGGAAACCUGGAUGUUAAAGAAAUACCAACCCAAAUGGAAUCCAUACUAUAUAAAUACCGCUUUCAACUUGAAAGAUUUAUAUCAACCUCUUCACAAAUAAUAAAAAACUCUCGCUAUUAUUAUUGCCUUAUAGAUAAUCAUAAAUCAAUCCUACCAAGCUAUGAAGAACUCAAAAAACACCUAGUAACGAGCCAUAUAGAUUUAAUCCAGAUUACCAAUAUUGAAGAAACUAUUCAUCUAGACUCUGACAAAGCAAAAUGCAAACAUGAUGGGUGUAUACACAUUGACAGUAAAAAAAAUAUCUCAAGGCAUUCAAAAAUGUUCCACCAUUCCGAUGAUAUGGGUAUUACAAAUUCAUGUUUUGAAUGUAACAGAAAUAAAAAAAAAAUUUAUUUAGAACUAGCCAAAGAACUAAAUAUAUAUGAUACAUAUUCCAAUAAUAACUUAAUCAAUUUUGAUAUAUAA